ACUGUUGUGUGUGAUUUUCACUUAAUUUUUUUUUAGCUUUUGCAGAGUACAUAAAUGUGUUGAAGGACAGCGAUGUCUGUCUGAUGAUCACUUCCAAGAAAAUUGACAAAGUAGACAACUGCAGCAUCACGGUGCCUGAUGGGAGUUCGUACGUCGUGUUCCCUAAUUCUUCGCUGCCGUUCAACGUCCGGGACGUGACUAAGGCGUCCUCUGUGAGCUGCGCGGUGAAACUGUUGUCGGUCAGCGUGGGACGGAAGGGCCCCUACGUGCUGACCGUUGCCUCUACAGAGGGAGAAGAGCAAAACAAAACAUUUUUAAGAGUCCAAGAAUCUGCCAAGUUGUGGCCUACUUCGCUCGACACAGUGUAUCAAGGUGAAGAUUUCUUCAUGAAAAUGACCGUCAAUGUGACAGAUUUGACCGAGUGCCACGUAGUGUAUCCUGUUGGAUCCAAUAGUAUGGAUGUAAUUGUGUCUAAAGGAGAAAAUCCAUUCCCAGAAGGUCAAUGUGGAAUUUGUGUUUCAAACGUACAAGUUACCAACAGCGGAUUCUGGAAGUUGUACUCUGUUGACAGCGCCCAGAACUCUUAUGUUGCUGAGAAAAGAAUAAAAAUUUAUGGUAACGAUGGGGUAUUUCUACAGAAGUCUCUGCAGCUUGGUUCUGAAAAUGCAAUUGCCAUAUACAGCUCUGAUCUUCAGUCGGACAUCACCUACUGCUUCUCAAAGAGUGUGGAUGGCACUCUGUCGGAGCUUCAGUACGGCGGGUGCUCUUUGCCAAAAUCAACCAUUACCGACAAUGAUGCAAAAAACUAUUCUUUCAAGUUAGGUUUGAAAGGAAAAGUAGAAGAAGUGGAAUCAACAUUGCAGGUGUCAGUACACCCAGCUGAAGUCAGCUCGGAGUACAAACCAAUUGAAACUUCGGUGAGCACAGCUGCCUCUGGCAGCAUAAACAUGCUGUGCCGCUUGUGGAGCACCGAUAAAAUAACUGACGACGAGGACAACAAAGUUUCCCUCUGUCGCUUUGUCCGCCCCGACGGCACAGGGGUGCAAGUGAGCGAGGGCGUUGCGAACAAGAACUACGGCUACUUCGGGGAUGGAUUGAACACCCAGCGCUACAAAGACUGCGGCUUGACGAUAUACUCGCCCGCAGAAGGCGACUACGGGACGUGGAAGUGCUACUUGUACUGGAAAAGCAAGUUGAGGCUGGGUGAACUGGAAGUUGGUGACAAGACAGGUGCACUUCCCGCUAAUUUUAAAAUUCAAAAUUUUCUAUCUGUUUUUGAGUAUAAAAAUACUUUUUUUAUGUAAUUUGUGUGUAUCACAUAUUUUGUGAAUGAUAAGAAAGACAUAGAGUAAUGUUGUAAAAAAUUUUACCAAAGUUUAAAGUUUUUAUUUUUUGGUGGACCGGAUUAUUUUAAUUCUAUCUCUUAGUGAGAAACAGUCUUAAGGCAUUAAAUUAUUAUUAUUAAAUUACUUACAUUUUCCCUUUUUUUUUGUAUAAAAAUUGUAGUUUUAAUUGUGGUGGUGUACUAGGUUUAUAAUAUAUUUUGCCACUGCAUACAUGGAUGAGUGCAUGUGUGUAAAAAUAGAUUAAGAGGUUAAUACAGGAGAGAAUCAAUAACUUAGAGACUUAGAAAACUUAGAGACUUAGAGACUUAAAGACUUAGAAAACAAUGCUUAUUUGCAGAAACUUUAUCACCUAAUAAAUUUGUUUAGUUUUUGAGAAUCUUAUAUUCUGAUUAUGUUAUGAAACAUUUUUUUUCAAAACACGGUAAAUUUUUGUUUUGUUAUUUUUUUUACGUCCAUACGUCAGUGGGAACAUGCACAGUUCCACAGAAGAUCAGAAUGUGUGUGUGAUCGCCUUUGUUUUUUUAUUCAGCUUAUAAAUUGUCCUUAUGCGUACUCGUGCCCAACUAAUAGUAGUGUAUUAUUGAUUAAAAACAGUGUGCGUUUUGCUAUGUUCUUUCGUAUUGUCGACCCAGAGGUGAUUAAAGAUGGUUGAGGUAUAAAUAGAGAAUGGAAAAAUUCACGAAUUCAUUUCGCAACAGGCUAAAAUAAAAAUAGUUAUACCUCAGUGCUGCCUCUGCUAUUGACUCACAACUCACCUGGAUCACUCUGGGCCAAUGAGAAACACCCGACCAAAGCUUUAUACGAAUCACAGGCUGCUAUGCGUUGGGACGUCUCACAAGACAGCAGCCAAUGCAGUGGGUGGCAUUUGACCGAGUGUACGUAGAACUGUGGAGUUCAUCCUGCAGGUCGUUGAACCCGCGAAUUUUUCCGUUCCCUAGUGUUGCAAGCUGACCAUAAUGCAGGGCUGUGAAAUGAUGGACAACAUCGUUCACUGUAAUAUUUACUGGGCACCAUACCUCUGCAUGCGCAGUCACGCGCAGAGCCUACAAACCCACUGUCCCGUCGAGAGCUCUGCCGCUCCCGCUUCACCACACCCCUCUGUCCGCUACCCUUCAAAACUGGUUUCGAUCCUCCCAUGCCAUGACCCUAUUCUGCCAGUGCAGUCUGGUCCGUCACCAUUAUUGAUACACAACAUCAAACACCUGGGUAUAAAGCGAUGAGAUGUAGAGCUAUUGUUGCUGUAAGAGGAAGCAGCUGGAGAGAGGAAGGAAGGGAACUGCGUGUGUCGCCUGGCCCGGUCGCAGGCGGGGCGGGCCGGCCGGAGGGGGCGGUGGUCUCGGGGAGCGGGGGCCUGGUCCUGGCGCUGGGCACGGUGAACCAGGAGCUCCACUGCCGGGCGGACCGCGGGCUGGACUACUGCUGGUUCCGGGCGCCCGACGGCGGCCACGUCGUCCCGGCCGCCGACCGGCAGGAGCUGGCGGCCGGGCUGUGCCGUCACCGCCUGGGCCCGGUGGGGCCCGAGCACGCCGGGCGGUGGGCCUGCUGCAUGGGCGUGGCGGGCCGGCGGGCCGGCGACCUGGUCCACCGCAUCUCCGUCCGGGUGGCCGAUUCUACGUUGCUGGCAGAAGCCUCGGAAGUGAAGGUGGAUGCUGGUGGGACCGCUGUCUUGAGCUGCACGACAGUGCCGGCUGGGAAGACGCUCAGCUACUGUCGUUUCGUGUCUCCGACCGGCAGAGGAUUCAGUUUCUCUGAGGCAAACAGGAAUGAAACUAUCAUGGAUCGUUACCAGCAGUCCCAUGGCCCCCUGGGACAGUACAGAGGGAUAAGAGUUGGAGUUUGUAGUGUGACUAUAACUGCAGUGCAUGCAGAAGACUACGGGAAGUGGAGGUGCAGUGGCGUUAUUCAAGGCACCUUUGCGGAAGGCUCAGAUUUCAUCAUUCUGAGCCAGGAAGAAAGUGCUGUAAAUGGCAUCUCCAUGGCUGCUAUUGUUGGUGCUGCCGUCGGAAGUGCUACUGUCAUAGCAGUGGUUGUAGCGUUCAUGUGGUGGGUCGUGAAGAAGAAGAAAAGGUCAAAUGGGCACCAUAAUCUGUCAGACAGCGGUUCCGAACACAGCUCGGAAGUCCAGUUGCAGAUGGGCGAACUACCGUCCCUGGCAAGUCGGUUCGCUGCAGGGACUCGCCAAGUCAGCUUCAGGCGUCGGAGAUCUGUUCACAGCUGAGGGCUGGUUGGACCAUCUGACCACUGUGGAUUUGUGUCGAAAAGUAGUGAAAUAUUUGUAUUUUUUUUUAAUGUAAUGUUCAAGUCACUGCUUUUGUGCAGCAGUCCAAUUUUACAAUAAUGUUUAAAACAAAGUGUUUUUUUCUUCUUUCAAACAGUCUGACCUGAAAGAAUAGUAGUUUUGGACUUUCACCACCAUAAUGCUGGUUUCAACCAAAGAGCCUAACUCUAAAAAAAAAAAAAAAAAAAAAAAAAAACCUAUCAUUUUCACCAAAAAAGAAUUUGAAAGCAAACUGUGUGAAAAGUAAUUAUAUCUCCCUCCGCCUUGACCAAAUUCAAUUCCGCAUAUGCUUCUGAUUAGGAUGCCAUGACAACGGCCACAAAAUCCCAAGAUCAUCUUUCACCUGGAAAUAAAUAUUCUUCUUGGUUCAUUUUUUUCUCAUUUCAAGAGCAGACCAACAGUAGAACACCAAUUACCGACUGCAGUUUGAGGGGUCAGAAGGAAAGAGGGAAUAGGAUAAAUGUGUAUUGAUUGUAGUUUUGUAGUGUUUUGCUGUUAAAUAAAGUACCUGUUACCAAUUCCCUAGGCUCCUGAAAUUCAAACAUGUGCAUAAGUUUUAACCAGUUUUUGUUCUACAGGGAAGGGGCUUGCACAGUUGUCGUCCAGUCUCUUGGUAAAUGCUAGGUGUUUGCAAGUACAGUACGGUAGUUGGAAUAUAUUUGGUAUUUG